AUGUCUCUGCAUGAGCGCACAUCUGGCAUACGGCCGUCAGCUGCACCCCCUCAGAACCAAUGGGCAGCAGAGAAAAGCAGUGGGAAUGAAGAGCUGCCUGUAUCGAGCUCACAGCGGCAAUUUGACAGGGGAACAACAUUCCUUCGAGUGGGCAGCGGAGACAUUGCAGAGCUGCAUGAACGCCUAAGCUCGUCCCGUGGGUCAGGCACCAGCACUGACGGGGGGGAGGGGCCGGGGCCGAGCAGCCCGGUCAGAGGGGAGCAGAAUUCUAUUGUGGCAUUUCUGAGGAGCAAAGAGGGUGCGCUGGGCCUGCUGAGCAUGGCGCUGCUCAUCUUCCAGGGCACUGCGCUGUCCCUGACUCUGCGCUUCUCCAGGACAAGGGGAGGAACUCAGUACCUGGCGUCGGCGGCGGUGGUGUGGACGGAGCUCAUAAAGCUGCUGGUGUGCAUGGUGGCGCAAAUGGUGGAGUGCGGGCGCACGGCGGGGCAGCGCGGCCUGGCCUUCCGGGCCGAGGUGGUGCAUCAGGCCGAGGAGAUCCUCGGCCGCUCCUGGCCCAUGCUCGUGCCCGCCGCCCUCUUCGUUCUGGUGAUAGUGGCGGCAAGCCACCUGGACGCCGUGACGUUCCAGAUCUGCUCGCAGUCCUUCAAGAUCAUGCCAACGGCGCUGUUUGCGGUGUGGCUGCUGGGCCAGUAUCUGGCGCCGCUGCAGUGGGCCUCGCUGCCCGUUCUGGCCGUCGGCGUGGUCUUUGUCACAAUGAAUGGUUCCACGCCGGCCGGCGGCGGCAGCUUUGAGGGCGAGAGCGACCUUGUACUGGGCCUUGCCGCCUCGGCCCUGUCUGGCCUGUCCUCUGCCUAUGCCGGGGUGUAUUUUGAGAAGUAUGUGAAGGGGAAGCAGGGGCAGACGCUGUGGAUCCGGAACCUGCAGCUGUCCUUGUAUGGCGUGUGCCUGUCGCUGGCAUACACCUACCUGAAGGACGGCCGAUCUGUGGCCAAUGGUGGACUUAUGCAGGGCUUUGACGGAAUUGUAUGGGGAGUUGUGGCACUCCAGGUGUUUGGGGGCUUGAUUGUGGGCAUGGUGGUAAAGUAUGCUGACAACAUCCUGAAGAAUUUUGCGAAUGCGCUGUCCGUGAUAUUCACGGUGAUCGGGGCCAUCCCGCUGUUCAGCCAGUACCCCAGCGGCUGGUUCAUUGUGGGCGUGGCAGCCGUGAUGCUCUCAGUCUUCAUGUAUGGCAAAUCCACACCGCAGGGGUAUGAGACAUUUGAGGCGUGCUUCAAGACGCUGGCGGGGCGCAAUCUGCUGCCGAGCACGAUGGAGGACACGGCGGGCAUCAUGCGCUGGCUGUCGCCGCUGCGCCGCCGCCCCGACAGCGCCUCCGACAUGAACAGCCGCGGCCGCUGCAGCGCCCGGGGCACCGCCACGCGCGUCAUUCUCAUCGCAUCCUCCAUUGCGAUUCUGAUCGCCAUGAUCGCUCUCACGCACCACCCCCGCACCCAGGCGCGCCCCUGA